GUGGGAGGGGACGGUGACACACGGUGGUGCUUCCCUAGGAAACGCCGAAGGCUUUCCCCUUCAGAAAGGGGGUGCCUGUCGAUUCGAUAGGCUUGGGUAGAUUUUUUGUCCGAUUUGUGAGUCUGUGGCAGCUUUCGGUAUCCACAGUGUACUGAGAUAGAAGUUUUCAGAAUUGUGUGCUUCAAGAAAAAGGCCAUCCUCAUGUUUUACCCUUAGCAUCAGAUUAUAUCAGUGUAUUUUUUAGAAUUUCACACUUUUAACUUGAUUAGCUUGCUGCUGGUCACGAACUGGCAGAGAUAAGAGAACGAUCUCUGAAGACUAUUCUGUUUAAAUUGGAUCAUAACUUGAUUUCAUAUGCUGAUCUGGUCCAUGAAAAAGUGCUUUUCCUUAAUCUUUUGGAGUGGUUCAAUUUUCCAGUUGUACCAAUGAAAGAGGAAAUACUAAAUUUUGUGAACAUCUUGAUCAAGCAUCCACCUGCUGCCCAGAAAAUGAUUGGAAUUGGUGCAGUGGAAUUCUUCUCUCAGCUUCGCCCCAAUGUGGAUCCAAACUUGCAGGCUAUAAUUGAUGGGAUUGUGGAUGGACUGUUCUUUCUUCCUUCUGUACUUCCUUCUAGUUCUUUAUCAGUAUGUUAUCAAACUCGGUCUCAGCCUUCAGUAGAUCAACCAGUUCUGCCUCAAGAGGAAUUAUUCACUGGAUAUUUUUGUCAAGGUAGAAGUCAUCUGCCGCAGUUAGAAAUACCUCCCAAAAGAACAGUUGUCAAAUGCUUGAAAUUUUCCACAUUUCCUUGGCUAACUCUGACUUCAACAGAUAGACAUGUUCUGUCAUCAAAUGAAAGCUCUUUGAGAAGUAACAACCAAAGUUUAAUUUGGAGUACGUGUGAGCUUCUUCAGGAUGUGAUUAUGCAAGAUUUUCCUGCUGAGAUCUUCCUUCAAAGGCCAAAGAUUGUACAGAGCCUUUUGUCUCUACUAAACCUGGCUUUUGGAGGAGAUGGAAGACAUCGGUUAGCUUUGCAGGCUGUGUCGUGCCUGCGACAGUUGUGCAUCUUCUUGAGAAGCAGACUUAACUUCCAUAGAGAUCCAAGUUUUUCUUCCACAGAGCAAGGCACAGCUUCCCAGAAUUCAUCUAUAUCUUACUGUCAAGAAGCAAGAGGUCGUCCUCGUUCUCGGAAUCCAUCACCUGGAAGUAGUAGCCCUCGGCCAUCUGUGAUUGGACGGACGGUUCAGCGUCCUAGAGGAGAUGGUCAAGAUUGGGAUGCAGCAUCUUCCAGUGGAAACAGUACUCAAGCAAAUGCAAACUCCAGAAUCUCUCUGCAUUCCCCACUUGAUGUAGGACAUAUUGACCUACCAGAUGCUGAAAAUGAGGACACUUUGGAAUUACAGAUGAAGCAACUUAGCCUUCCUCAGUUCUGUGUUUCCAUCUUGGAAAAUGCAAUACCUCUUCUAAGAACAGGCAGUAGGAGAGUGACGAUGGAAGUUCUUGAAUUGCUUGUUGAAGACAUGUUCCUUAUUGGUGAUGCUAUUUCUGAAAAUGUUUGGGAAGAUGAUAGCCUUUUUGCAUUGGAAUUGAAAGACAAAUUGCUUCUGGUUUUGGGUUUGCUUGGAGAAACUAUAUUAUAUCACAAAACUAAUAUAAGUGCAGAGCAGCCCGAGGUGAUGUUGGUGCAUCACAGAAUGGCAUUUAUCAGCAUUUCACUCUUCACUGUUAGAUUACUGCAAAUACUUCUCCCUGUAGAAAAGGCAAGUAAAGUUUUACAAAAGAGUUUGCUGAACGCUUUAUUUCUUCUCUCUCUGGAUGUGUCCUUCUCCUUGGAAUACCCAAGCAUUCAUGAAUCCAUUGCAGCCUAUCUGGAGCAGAUGAGUACUGAGAACUACAGUAUUUAUAAACAAGCUUCAGAAGCUGCGUAUUCGAUCGAAUGCACUUGUAGCUUUAUGGUUGAAGUUCAUAAGAAGGGGGACAAGAAUCUUUCUGAAUUAGUAGAAUUGGCAGAUGAGGCCUUGUGUAGUCUACCCUACCAUCAACACUUACCCUUGCUUCAGGAAUGCAUUCAUAUAUGCUCAAAUAUUUGGAAGUCUGCUGAGGCUAACUCACUGCUCCAGGCUGAGGGUCAGAAGGUGCUUCUCCGUCUAUUGUCUCAUCCUUUGCUGAAUAUAAAGGCUGAAGCCUAUCACUGCUGUUUGGAAGUGGUUAAGGACUGUUUAGGUAUUCAUAAUAUCACUAAGCCUGUGUCUUCAGUCUGCCACGGAGUACAUUUUCUUCUUCAUCCAAAAGUUUUAUAUGAAAUCUGUACGUUUGGCCUUCAGGAAGAUAAGAAUGAGGUAAACUCUACAGCCAAGGCCAUUCUGAUGCAUCUAUUGAAGGGACGAUUAGUAAUGGCAGUAUUGACUUGGAACAAAUUUAUUGAGGCCCUCUGUCCCAUCAUUCCAGUUUUGCAGGGUUAUGCUGAUACAAAAGAUACACUAGGUAACUCUAUCCUGACUUUGAGUGAAACAACCUCUGACAAAGGAGAGGGUAUUCUCCCUAGAACUACUAGACUACGGGCUGCUCUGCGUCUUCUCUUCUCAAAAAAGCAGUUGGUUCGUUCUAUAGCACUUAAACAUUUAACAUUCCAUCUUUUGAAUGAAGAAGGGGCAAACCUGAAACGCCCUCAUCUGCAUGGUAGUGUGCUUUCCAGCAUUUUAAACUUAUUUAUUAUAGAAAGAGCUACUGAGCUAAAAUUGGAUGGUAAAACAGAGUCAAUAUUUAAGGCAGAAACUGUUGAAAAGCUGUAUGACAUCUUGACUUCUGAUGCUGUUGACCUAGUUUUACGAAAGUCUGCAGCCGAGCAGCUAGCUAUCAUUUUAGAAGAUACCAAAAUGCAUAGCAUUGUGAAAAAGUUGGGUGCGAUAGAAAAGAUUUUGGCUUACCUUAAUGAGUGUAUACAUGUGGAUGGCAAGCUUAUGGAAUCCAUAGUGUUACCAUGUCUAACACUCUUACGCAAACUUGUGUAUGCUGACCCAGUUGUUCGUCUGUCCCUAGCACAGCAGUCAUCUUUACUGCUUUUGCUAUUCAGAGUUUCCCUGAUAUUCCAAAAUGAUCGUGCUGUUUUAACUGAAACUACAAUAUUGCUUUGUCUUCUGUUGUUUGAUGAAGUAGCAAGGACAGAAACAUGGGCUGAUGGCAUAACUGGUAAUGAUACUGGCCUACCUGCCUUCAGUUUACCUGUUGCUGUUGUUAGAAGGUAUCAUCUCCCAGUCAGGAUCACUGCUCAUCAUGUAGUUAGCCCUAAUACUGUUGUGGUGCCAUUGUCUUCUGAGUGCUUGACUACGAAACCUGUGUCAGAUAUGCUUAAGAUGGCUUGGAAUCUGUCAUGGUACAAUGGGAUUGAAAACUUAUUGCAACUGAUAAAUUAUGAGAAGAAAGCAGAAACAUUUUUAGACUCACUAAAACUGUCCUCAGAAGACAUUCUUAUACUCAAAAUAACUCACACAAACUAUGGACUGCAGGAUUGUCUUAAUUCAAUCAUUCAGGCAGUAUCCCACAGGGAUGUUAGGGCUGCUCUCACUAGGCUUAGUUUUUACAUUCUGAAUGAUACACUUGCGUUGAAAUGCAGUUCUGGGUCUUGUGGAACCACUUUGAAGAGCUUUGUUUGGCAAAAAGCAAUAAACAGGUUUCUGCAAGUGCUUCCAGCUUCUGUGGAGGAUGAGAAGCUUUUAGUAGAUGUCGUAAGAUUUUUAAACAAAUUGCUUAGAGACCAGAGAUCAAGUUUGGAGUCAGACCAUCUAAAGUGGAUUUUGAAAUCGUUGCUUAAAAAUAAGCCAAAAUCCCUUUUGGGCCUCCUGGUGCGACCAGAAUCCCAAGUGCGGGAUGAAAUAGAUGAAAUACAGACUGCUGUCAGGCAGCAACUGGAUAAAGAACUCAUUCGUCUUUUUAACACAUUGUUAUUUUGUUCCAUGUCAGUGACUGACAGAGAGGCCUUGGAACUUGCUGGCUCUUUCAGAACUGAGCUGGCUCUGAAGCUGCUACAAUGCUUAAGGCUAACGGAUGCGCCACAUUUUUACGGACUUCCUUCACUGGAGAGAACAUUACAAGGAAUGGUUCAUGUUACCGCACUUCCGGAGUGGAGUACCUACUCUGCUACAGCUGAAUCUGUCACAAUUUGUAAAAAAUAUUUAACAGGUCUUCUUGAGGUCAUCUCAUCGUUUUAUGUUGAAUGGGGAGGAAACGCUAUGUCCUUCAUGGGAAAAGGUGUUACGAAAAGCACAGUUCUUUGCUUGCUUCACUUAUCUCAUGAAAUGAUGGCUCAAGCCAAGGAUACAGACUGGAUAUCUCUUUGGUCUUUGCCGUACGAUAACAGUGAAGAACAAGCUGCUUCUCAGCUAGGUCUGGCAUGGCUGAUUCCUUUAUGGGUGGAUAGAGACCCUGAGGUCAGAUUUACAGCACUUGGAAUAGGAUCAGCUCUUUCAUCUCUUGAAAUAGGAUGUAUUGCUUUAGCAGAAAGUUGCCAGAACAUUUCAGGAGGGCUGUGGGGAACAGUGAUAAACAUUCUUCUGGACCAGUCUGAAUGUAGCAUGGUACGCAGGGAGGCCGCUUUUAUUCUACAAAAUCUCCUUGUGAUUCCAGUUCCUACAGAAGAUGUGAAAGAUUGUCUUUGGCAAGGUCCCUGUGUACAUGAUGAAGAAUCUGGCCUCUCUCAGACAGGAAAACCUGCACUUAAGGCCCUUUUGCAUCACUGCCAAUUCUAUGAACAUGUGAAUCAGAUGGUGAAACACUGUUACCUAGGAUGUUACAUGUUUGAUUUGAAUUCUUCCAAGGAAGGCAACCUCAUCAUAGAAAAAGGUGGUAUAACUGAUUUUGAUGAUUCUCUUAAUCUUUGGAAGGGUCCAUCCAGUCAAAGCCAAUCUUCACAUUCUCAGUCAACAUCUGAAACUAUGAUUCGGUCUGCAUCACCGUCACUGGGGAGUGUUACUGGGCUUCGGGCAAUAGUCCCAACAAAUUCAACCAGUUUUAUUCCUGAAACUGUAGUUGAUCGGCUUAUGGCACAAGGUCAAAGCGAUACAACCACAACAGAAUCUCCAAGUCAACGUGAUUCUCCCAUGUCUGCUACUCUGUCUAAACAGCGUGCUGUAGUCACACCUGCCCUUUUGUCAGCUGUUUGCAGCCUUCUGCACAAUCUGCUGGUUGUCACACCAAAAGAUACUAGAAUCGCUCUUCAACAAGCACAUUUGCUAACAGCUCUCAGCAGUCUUGUAAGUGCUAAUCUGGUUGAGAGAUGUAUCUUGGAACUGAAAGCUCCAUUGGGUCAUCCAUGUCAUAUAGAACAUGUAAAAGCUCAGGUGCUAUUACUACUUCAAUACUUGUCAUCUGUGUCCAGGCUUCUGAAAUCAUGUUUACUGUUGGACUCUCAGCUUGUAAUCCAGGAUGAACUGCUGAAACCUCUCUUGGGAAAUACCUUCACGAUUCUCGCCAUUAGCUCCAAAGAUGGGUUAGAUACCGAGUUAACAUCUGUACUUCAUGAAACACGGGUAGACUUUUUCAACCUUCUAACUACAUUAUUGUGGAAGACUGGCCAAAUAUCUUUUCCAUCUGUGACAGCAGCCCUUGCAAAUCAUUGUACAGCAAUAAUUGAUACCAUUUGUGAUUGUAUUAAUCUGUCAACCACAUAUCCUGCUUUAUAUAUGGCUAGUUUACAGUUCCUCUCUGUCCUUUUGAAUGAGGAAGGAAGAAGACAGCUCCAAGAUAAACAGAGUAUAUGUCAGAAUCCAACCAUUGGCUUUCUUCUGGAUCAUGUUGAAGGAUGCCAGGCAUCAGUAACUCAACUUACUGCAUUAAUUAUUCAGGUCUGUGAAAGAAAAUCUUCAAAGGAUGUGCUGAAAGAAGUUGCUACAAAUGCACUGCUGUCUCUGUUAGCUGUCAGUAAAAAUGCCCAGAAAUGUGCUUUGGAAGUUGACCUGAUAGACAGCUGUAUGGAAAACAUGAAACAUAUUCAUGCACAGCUGAAUUUGGAUUCUCUAAAGCCUGGGAAAGCACAGAAAAAAAAGGAGGAUAACCUUAUCAAGCAGUUAAGGUGUUCUAUGCAGCUCCUCAGAAACUGUCUCUUUCAAAAUGACGAAUGCAAAAUGGCAGCACUCAAAGCUCAUCUUGUUCCUGUUCUGCAUUCACUAUGGCCAUGGUUUUUAACAGACAACUCCUCAAUGCAAAUAGCUCUGCAUUUGCUUUGUGUCUACACUGCAAACUAUCCUGCAGGUUGUGCUUCACUUUGUUGGGCCAGUGGUGGACAAACAUCACUUCCGUCUGCACGAAGUGCAGCUGGCAAUUCAUUGAUGCAUAACAUCUUGAAAUUAGCUUCCCAAGUGUCAAACGAUAACGGCCCAAUUCAGCAGGUGGUCUUUUGUCUUCUUUCUAACCUUGCACUGUCUCAUGACUGUAAAGGCAUUAUUCAGAAGAGUAACUUCCUGCAGAACUUUUUGUCUCUUUCAUUACCAAAAGGAAGUCAUAAAAAUCCUGGUAAUGUGUCUACUCUUUGGCUAAAGCUGCUACUGAACAUAUCUUUUGGAGAAGAUGGACAGCAGAUGAUCAUGAAGAUAAAUGGGUUUUUAGAUCAGAUCGUGGAAAUGUGUAAAUACAAACACAAGAGCAGCCAACAUCUAGCGCUUCUUAUUCUACAUAACAUAUGUUUUAGUGCAACUAAUAAACCAAAGAUAUUAGCUAAUGAUAAAGCGAUUGCAGUACUGUCUGCCUGUUUGGAAAGUGACAGCUGUGCUGUUCAGAGAAUAGGAGCGGCUUCACUUUGGGCUUUGCUUCACAACUAUCAAAAGGCAAAAGUGACUUUGAAGAAUCCAUCGAUAAGGAGAAGAAUUGAUGAGGCUUAUGCUUUAGUGAAGAAAACUACUCCACCGCCAGAUGAAAAUGAGCUACAUGCCUACUAUUUAAAAUGCUUAGAGAAUAUAGUGCAGCUUCUUGAUUUUUAAUGGGCAUCAGAUGACUUCUCAUGUUGAAAUUGGACAGCUUAUUCAAUGGGAGCCUGAAAUUUAGAGAAAACACUUCUAAUUCACAGAUCUGUGUCAGCAGUGUAUAUGCUAUGGAAGAAAUUUUUGAAGUCUUUGAGGAAGAAGUUCAUCACUUUGAACCGAAGAAAUUGCACUAAAUGUGGUUCAAACUAUUUGUACUGUAAUCCCAAUGGGAAAUCAUAAUGAUAUUACUAUGUAAAGUAUGUACACAGAAGAAGGGAUGUACAGAGGAAAAGGAUGUGAAAAAUCAGUAAUUUUCUUAAAUUAUGCAUUGAAAUUUUUACUGUAAAGUAUUAGAAUUGCUGUUUUGGAUUGGUCUUAAUAAAGGGUUUUUUAAUUGGGAUCAGCAUUUGUUGUCAGUGGAUUGUAAUUUGUAAUGUUGCAGUGCAGAUGUGCACAGUGCAUACUUAGAUUCAAGAACUGAAAGAGUUGGCAGUCAUGGUGUUGUCCUAAAAGUGGAUUCAUUACUCGGUGUGCAAUAGACCAAUCUCUCACACUCAGGAGAGAUAUUGCUUUAUUCUGCACAGGGUGCUCGGUGGACUUUCCACAAAUCAAGCACACCAGAUUCAUCAGGUGUGUCCCUUUUAUACAGCAAUUGCAUCUAAUUUAUUAAACUACUCCUACCUAAUACAUAUUCAAACUAUCUAAUGCAUAUGCAUAAGAUUAUGUAACCACAACACAUCAGAUGCCUUCUCCGCAUGCGCGGGGGUCUCUGGUGGUCUUUGGUGGUCAUUUGAGGAGGUAUCCCCUCCUCACUUUGACCACUAAGUCGCUCUGUAUCGGGUCAGUCGUUGGUUUUCCUGCCAAGAGGUUUGUACCAUCAGUCGGGAAGAAUAGAAAGGAUCAGAAUUGGUGUUCCAGGUGAGGCACCAUUAAACAGGAAGAAUGGAAAAGAUCAGAAUGAUCUUGGCUAACUAACUAAAUUUAAAACAGGACUUUCUAAUCUGCUACAGCAUUUUCUGUAUCUGACAUCAAUGGUGUUUUAUAACUAUUAGGGACAGAACAGCAAGGUGUGUGUUUUAGAUUUGAAGGAGUUUUCAGUUCAAACUGCUGCAUUUUUUUAAGAUGCUAACAAUUGAAAAAGAGCUCUCAGUUGCUGAUAUUACAGGUGACAGUUAUGUUAACAUAGAAGUUUAUUCAGGGUAUGAGGUAUGUGCAUCAGUUUUCGUUACUUACGUUACAACAUUGUAGAAAAUUUGAGACGCAAUCUGUUGUUUGCCAAUUUAUAAACACUUCAGAUCUUUUCCUUGAGGAAAAAUCCAGUCUGUUAUCCAGGCUUGUGUUUUCUUUGAACUGCUACUAUGUAACUAUUGUCAUAAGUUUUUCAGUAUUCUGUGCUAAAUGAGUUUGAGAGAAAAAUACACUGAUGCCUGAACACAUGACAGUUCUGCUGAACGUGCUGCUGAAAUACCUGGCAGGGUGUUUAUAUUUCCCUCAACACAGAAGGUUUUUGUUUUAUGUCAGGGACAGAUAAAAGUGAGCAAACAGAAAGCAAAACUUGGGUAACAUCUCUAGAAGAGUUGCAGCAAGGGCAUGUCUACCUCUAAUUAGUCUUUUCUUCCUAACCAAGUGAUGAAAGUAUUUUCCACUGACAGAGGGGAUUUUUUGGUUUCUUUUGUGAUGCUUAUAAGUAAUGUGUGACGUGAUAUUAUUCAGCUGACAUAAGUGUGAUGCUUAUAGUGGCUGGACUAAAUCAUUACUAGAAAUGUAAUUUAUCAGCUAACCUCCCACUCGUCCACCAAACAAAAAGCAAUGAUAGACUGCCAGAGCGUGACUCUUUUCCAGUGCAUACAUUGCAUAAUUAUUGUAACUUGCAAAAUGGUUGUUAAAUGCUGUCCCUGCUCAUCCCAUAGUAUUGCAGAACUGAAAGCUGCAGGGCAGGAGAACACUCGCCUGUCUGGGUUUAGUCAGGGGGGUCUCUUCCCCUCAGGCUAGUGAGUACCAAUUCUCUUCAGAGACUUGUUUCAGCACACUCAACCCCAAUGAUUUCUCUCAUAAAUCAGAUUGUAAGUCAAAAUGCAGAUUGUUUGCCAGUUUGCUUUCUUUUUCAGAGACACAAAAAAUGAGAGCACCCCAUGCCCAAUUAAUUCCAAUGGAACAAGGAUGGUGAGAGCUCUUUCAAAGUGUAGAAAUACACAUGGCUCUAGUGAGGUGAAAUAGGGCUGCAUAGUUGAAUGACUUCAUUAAAAUGCAAGUACAGUAUAAUAAAAACAUAGAAGAACUGGAUGCUUGUUUUCUAUUAAACAUUUCUAUUUUACUGAGCUGUACAAAUUCUUGAAGAAAUUAUUCAUAUUGAAAAAUCCAGAUAAAUUGCUAAUAAAUUUGUUGUUACAGUAA